AUCAUGUUUCAAAUUAUCUUUUAUAUGAGUGUCGUAUAAUCAAAUCAUUAGCCAUCUUCAUCGAGACACAACAAAACUCGUGAGGCUAAUAAUCUCAUUCAAUCACAUCUCAAAUCUCCUCUUCUCCUCAAAAACUUCUUCUUUUGGAGAAAUCUAAAGUCUCCACCUUUAUACGAUUUCGUUAAUUCCUCCAAAAAAAGGUCUCGACUUUGUAUAAUUUUAUCAUCUGGGUCAUACCAAUUCCGAUCAAAAUCAUCUGGGUUUGUGUCAGUUUUAGGGUUCUUGAUACCUACGUCUCUGCUUAAUUUCUAAGGUCAAAGUUCUCUCCUUUAAGAUGACGAUGGAUGAUGUUACUCCCAGUCAAAGGACGAGUGGUUCUUCUUCUUCCCAUGACGUUGCUGCUCCGUUGUUGCCUAAAUCUCAGGGAGACGAAGUUGCUUACGACGAGUUCAACGGAGCUUCGUUUAGUGGAGCGGUUUUCAAUCUCUCCACGACCAUAAUCGGUGCUGGUAUCAUGGCCUUGCCCGCCACGAUGAAGAUCCUUGGGCUUGUCCUCGGGAUUGUCAUGAUUGUUGUCAUGGCUUUCUUGACCGAUGCGUCCAUUGAGUUCUUGCUUAGGUUUAGUAAGAUCAAGAAGAGUAGAUCGUAUGGUGGCUUGAUGGGUGACUCUUUUGGUAAACCUGGGAAGGUUUUGCUUCAGGUCGCUGUUUUAGUUAACAACAUUGGUGUUUUGAUUGUCUACAUGAUCAUCAUUGGUGAUGUGUUGGCUGGAAAGACGGAAGAUGGGACUCACCAUCAUGGUGUUCUUGAAGGAUGGUUCGGUGACCAUUGGUGGAACGGAAGAGCUUUUGUUCUUCUCAUUACAACUCUUGGUGUCUUUGCUCCUUUGGCUUGUUUCAAGAGAAUCGAUUCUUUGAGAUUCACAUCUGCUUUAUCAGUGGCUCUAGCCGUAGUGUUUCUCGUCAUCACAGCGGGGAUUUCUAUCAUGAAACUGAUCAGCGGCGGCGUGGCGAUGCCGAGAUUGCUACCAGAUGUUAGCGACUUAACAUCCUUCUGGAAUCUCUUCACAGUUGUACCCGUUCUUGUCACCGCAUUCAUUUGCCAUUACAAUGUUCACAGCAUACAGAACGAACUCGACGACCCGUCUCAGAUAAGACCUGUAGUCAGAUCAGCUCUUAUCCUAUGCUCAUCUGUCUACAUAAUGACGAGCAUUUUCGGGUUCCUCUUGUUCGGUGACGAUACUCUCGACGACGUCCUUGCAAACUUUGACACCGACCUUGGAAUCCCUCUCGGUUCUGUCCUUAACGAUGCGGUUCGAGUCAGCUACGCGCUCCAUCUUAUGCUCGUGUUCCCCAUUGUUUUCUACCCAUUGAGGAUCAACAUUGACGGGCUCUUGUUCCCUUCCUCUCCGUCGUUAGCUUCCUCGAAUGUAAGGUUCGGUUGCCUCAGUGCAGGUCUCAUCACUGUGAUCUUCUUGGGUGCAAACUUCAUCCCUAGCAUUUGGGAUGCUUUCCAGUUCACUGGAGCUACUGCUGCUGUUUGUCUCGGCUUUAUUUUCCCUGCUUCCGUUAUACUAAAGGAUCGUCAUAGCAGAGCAACAGGCAGGGACACGGCCUUAGCUGUAUUCAUGAUUGUUCUUGCUGUAUUGUCCAAUGCUAUCGCCAUUUACAGCGAUGCUUAUGCGUUAUUCAAGAAGAAUACACCUCGUACUUGAUUGUGGAUAUUUCUUGGAUGAAGCAAGCAAAAGCGUAUUUUUUUCUUUCAUCUCCUCUUCUUAUAUGUAUAUGUAAAAAAUCAAAUCAUUAAGAAGACAGAGACUUCUCGGUUCGAGUGUUUGUAGAAACUGUGUAUAAAAAGCAAGUGUAAUACAGAUACCUAUUUUGGUGUAAUAUCAACAACCAAAUCAAAGCUA